UAGUCUGAAUCCAGAUUCGUCAACACGCUCACACACGAUCGACUAAUAGUGGAAAACUUGUCAAUAUGGCGGGCUGACACUCCUGUGAGCAAGUCUAGGCGUGAGAUUAUCUCCAAUAAUAUUUGAAAUCUCAACAGAUUUGAACUUCUCACUUCAUCAUUUUCUCUUUUUAUCCCAAUAUUUAUGCUCUGGAGGAAUUUCAACUUCGUUUGUUGUGCUGAGGCGAAAGUGAAAGAAUCGUUUAUCGAUACUGUGUUAAACAAAGUCAAUUGCGGCGGAUAUCUAUCGAUCUACCUAUCUCUCAGUUUCUUGUUAUAUUAAAUGGUGAAACAUUUUGUAAUAAAUAGCCCUUGUGAAUUUUCAUCCUUUCGUUCGUGUAAACUCUGUAUCAACGGACCAGAGUUUUAAACACGGAUUUAAAAAAAAGUCACAACCAACACUUCCUGAAGGAGCUGUCUUCCCACUGUGCAAAAAGGAAAGAAACAUUUAAGCUCAAACCCACACUUCUAGACCUUUGUACAAAAUGAGUGCCAAGAGGUUGUACAGAAUAUCUGGAGAUCCCUCGUUAGAGCUCUCUUACGCGGAACAAUUUGACCUGCAGUUGUACGACGCUAUCGCUUGCAACGACCGAACGCAGGUUCGCCUGCUACUGUCCCACCACAAACGUGGGCUGAACAGCCCAAUCCUGGUGGUGAGAGAGAAGAUGCUAGAGAGAAACAGCCCCAUGCACCUGGCCACCUACUACGGUAACGAGCAGAUGCUCCGCUUCUUCAUCGAGUCUGGUGGGGACGUCAACGGACAGGGUGUCAAUCUGAAGCGAACACCGCUCCACAUAGCGGUCAUGAACAACCGGACACACUGCUUUCAGGUGCUCGUUGCAGCUGGGGCUCUUCUGAACCUGCGCGACAUCUUCGGGAACACCGCCUGCCACUACGCGGCGCAGAGCGACCGUCGCCACAUGCUAGACAUCCUGCUACACAUGGGCGCCACCAUCAACGCUCAAGAUAUCUCGGGCAAGACGCCGCUCAUGAAAGCCGCCAUCUACAACAGAAUUCACUGCGCUUCCCGCAUAAUGAGAAUCAACGCAGAGCACAACAUUUCUGACAACAACAACGAGACAGCGUUGCAUUUCGCUGCGAGACACGGUGCCUCUGAAAUUGUUCAGGACUUGCUUGCUGUUGGGAGGUGUUCCCAGUUCGUAGUGAACGUAUGGGGCAGCACGCCGCUGAUGCAAGCGGUGGAAAAUAAGUGCACACAAGUCGUGCGAGUUCUCAUGCAAGACAGCUGUAAGGUUUUAGUGGCAAAGAACACCGGCAAAGAAACAGGAUUUCAGUUAGCUUUUAGAAAAGGAAAUCCCAACAUCAUAGAGACUAUGCUGCUUGAAAUCUUGGGGUCUGUGUCAAACACGCUAUUAAUGAUGAGGACACACGAUUGGGAUUUCUCGGAAUACACCAAAGCUUUGAGCGAAGCUUCUGGGAAAGAAGUCAGUCUGUUUCAGCUGGCGGUUCAUAUUCACUCGUUCCCAGUGUGUAAAGCGCUUAUGAAGUUCGGGUAUGCUGACCAUAGAACUCGUGGUGAAUUGAUCCAACACGUUGAGAGUUUGGGAGACACUGAGUCGCAGGAAAUCAACGAUGUUUUAGCUUUAUUGGCGGGGUUCCGGGAGAAACCUUCCCUCAAACAUCUUUGUCGACAAACUGUGCGUCGAUCCAUGGAAACAAAUCUGUUAAAGAAGAUCCAGUCCCUUACAGACCUCCCAGUGCCUGUUCUCGAGUACCUCUCUUUGAAGAAAGAGUUUGAGGACGUUACAGCAGAAUUGAACACAUCGUGACAAAGGCACAGCACACAUUUGCAGACAGUCUAAAGCAGAAAUGCUGUGGUAAAUUAAACGAGGUUUCGGACCAUCGUGUGAUUCACUUUGGCGGAGCUUGAGAGAGCAUUAAAAAUCUGUUUAAGAAAGGGC